AUGACGGCCUUGGAUCUUCCUGUCGCGACGGGCGGCGACAGCGAUCAGGAGCCGCCAUCUUUUCGGCCAGAGACGCCCCUAGAGUCUGCGGACCAUCCCAACCCGACGAGUCCUACGCCUCCGCCCGGCGGCUACGAGGAUGAUUUCGAGGAGCCGGCACCUGCGCAGCCAGUGCCUGCCAUGCCAUGGCUAGCAGAGCCAGAGCCAGAUGAGCCGGCUUCUGCUCAGGCUGAUGCUGCGCAGGAGCCAGAGCCGGCGCUUCCCACAGAGCCCCAGUCAGACAAGAAUGCAGAGGACCUGGCGAGGAGGUUGCUUGAAAAGCACGGCCCUUCUGCCAACCUCAGAGCACUGCUUAGACGACCGGGACAAGCCUUUGACGAGUCGGAGGGCCUCGACUUGGAGAGCUUCAAAAUGAAGCUGUAUCAUCUCGGAGUGUUCUCCUUCACACCCUUUGACUUUGCAGGUCUCUUUGAAGAGGUCGCGCGGAGAGAAGGAUCCACCUCGAAAGCUAGUUUAGGGGGCCUGCUGAGCACUCUCAGUGAAUUCUGGCCCACGCCCCAACAGGAAUCUGCAGAUCCGCCGCAGAACACCCAGGUGGCCAGCCCGAGCCCGACGCCAGCGGCGCCAACCCCUGCAAAACAGGAGGCUCCGCUGGGUGAGCCCGCACCGGCCCCCGCCACCGUCAAGCCACAGCCUGCUGCCGAGGACCGGAGCGACUACGGCUCAGACUUCGAGGAGACCCCUCCUCCGGGGCCCGAGCCGAGUCAGCCCCCGGCCGCUCUCGAAGCCGAGGCCAAGGCACCUGCAGUGAGCGCUGGCGUUAGCCAGCCUGCAGCGGCGGCCAAAGAGGAGAGGUACGAGUACGACUCAGACUAUGAAGAGUUUCUAUCCCAACCGGCGCCUGCGGCGGCACAGCCGAGCGAGUCUGCCCCGGCAGCCAAAGCAGAGGAAAAGUACGAGUACGACUCGGACUAUGAAGAAUUCCUGUCAGCGCCGAAACCGGCGGCGGCAGAACCCAGCCAGCCUUCAGCUGCAGCCAAGACAGAGGCACCUGCAGAAGAGCCCUCUGGCCGGAUGCCGCUGCAGCAUUAUGCAAGUGAGGAUUUCGAAGAGGACGAGUACUCCGAAGACGAGCCGAUUCCUGUUUCACCACCUAAACCCCAGCCCAUGGCUCCGCCUGACGGCCCUGGCAUCAUGCCACCAGACGGCCCUCCCAUGAUGGGUGGGCCUCCAAUGAUGGGUGGCCCUCCAAUGAUGGGUGGCCCUCCCACGAUGGAUGGCCCCCCAAUGAUGGGUGGCCCUCCCAUGAUGGACGGCCCUCCAAUGAUGGACGGCCCUCCAAUGAUGGGCGGCCCUCCAAUGAUGGACAUGGACGCGGGUCCACGAACGGCGAUGACCUACGACUACGAGGAGGCUUUCGAGGAAGACUCGGAGAUUGGUUUCGCGGGACGAGAGGCAGAGGGGAGUCUCAUCUCGGCAUCAGUGUCUGACGAGGUCGUCUACGCCGAUCGAGUUACAGAAGGAAGCGGUGGUCACGACUACGCCGAGAACAUGGAGGUGGAGAGUGAUGGCGUCCAGAUGGCACUGCGGUGCCUGCCCGAGACACCGCCUCCCUUGGCGGAAUACGGCACAGGCAGGCCGGAAGCCCUCGCUGCACGACGAGAGAAGGGCAAGAUCAAGACGAGAGCAGCCGAGAAUGUCUCCCCUCUCUGGAAGACUCGCAUGUGCGAGUUUUGGCAGCUGGGAAAAUGCCGAAAGGGCAUCAAAUGCUCCUUCGCGCACGGUGAGGACGACCUGCGACCCUCCCCGGACUUCGCGAAAACCUCGGUGUGUCCGGUUUUCCUGCAUACCGGGAAAUGCGAUUCCAAGAACUGUCGCUAUGCACACUCUGUGGAUGAGCUCAAGGUGCAACCACACUUGUUGAAGUCCAAGUUGUGCAGCUUCUUUUUGAUGGGUCGCUGCGUGGUGGGUCCAGCCUGUCGCUUCGCUCACAGUGACGAGGAGCUUGAGCAGGCGCAGGCAGUGGUGAACCAGAUGCGCGCACAGUUGCCUCUCGAGGAAAACGAAGCGGAAACACUUACGAGAAGGCACUUUAGUCUGAGACCUCCGCAGGCAGGUUUCCACAAGUUCCUGAAACCCAGGGCUCUGGAGGAGCCCGAGGUUGAGAAGAAAGAGGAAGUGGAGACAGCGGAGGUGGAUCAGCUUGAGCUGCUCAGAAAGCUGCAGUCCGGAAUUUCCGAGGAUGUCGUGAACCUCGCCACUAUCCCCGAUGUACCAGAAGUGGAUGAGCCAGCCAAGGUUGUGAUCGCAGCCUCCUGGGAAGAUGACCUGCUGGAGCCCACCGAGCCUAUCAGCUCCUUGAAAAGUCGCACAUCACCGGGAAACCAGAGCCGCCCGCAAGGGAAAGCGAAGCUGUCUCGAGCCAGGAGAGUGUUGGUCGACACCCUCGCAGAUGUGGACGAGUUCCCUGCUCAAAUUAUCUCGGGUUUAGCAGCGACACGGGAGACUUCGGAUGGCCUUGUCCAGCUUGGUGGCAAUCCAGGUUUGUUAGAUCUCAGUUCACGGCAGCGUCAGCCAGUCAUGGUCAUAGACAUCGAAGACGUGCAGCACGUGUGUCAAGGCAAGCGAAACUUCGAGAUUAGUGGUCAGCAAACUGUGCAGAUUCGUCGCCGGCAUCAUGGGCACUCACGGGGGAAGGCAGAGCAUCGAAGCAAGAGCGAGCAUCGGAGCUUCAAAGGGGAUCGAGCAGACGGUCGGAGCUCACCGGUCCACCCGGCCACGAAGUCAGACUCCGAAAGGUCCGAAAAGAAUCGCAGCAAAGUCGACACUCCUGAAGAGGCUGAUGUUCCCUACCGUGCCUUAGAAAGGAGACCAGUCUUGCGUGUGAUGAACACCUUUUUGACCGUGGAAGAGGAGGACGAGGACGAGGAUUUCCCGGAGUUUCCAUUGCGAAGAACCCAAAGCAUGUCAGCAUGUGACCUACCUAUGUGA